ACAUUCGCAGUCGCAGUCGGCAAUUGAGCGUUGACGCGAGCGCGUCGCGUGUUCGGAAUAAAAACAAGAAACUAGUUUUACUGCAAUUGAUAAUACGAGCAAUUGAUCAAUUUGUUGAACUCGUAAAUAAAUUUAGCAAAACAAAUCAUCUGGAAUUAAAAAAAAUGGCCUUGCGUAGCGCAAAUGUGAUGUGGUUUCGCCAUGGACUGCGUCUCCACGAUAAUCCAGCUUUAUUAUCCGCAUUGGCGGACAAAGAUCAUGGCGUUGCAUUAAUACCCAUAUUCAUAUUCGAUGGCGAGAGUGCUGGCACCAAGAGCGUGGGCUUCAAUCGCAUGCGAUUUUUGCUGGACUCGCUGCAGGACAUCGACCAGCAGCUGCAAUCGGAGACUGAAGGACGAGGCUGUCUGUUCAUUUUUGAGGGAAAUCCAGUGGAGAUCUUUCGGCGACUCAAUGAGCAGGUGCGUCUGCACAAGAUCUGCGUGGAGCAGGAUUGCGAACCCAUUUGGAAUGAGCGCGAUGAUGCCACCAAGAAUCUAUGCAACGAGUUGGGCAUCGAGUAUGUGGAGAAGGUGUCGCACACGCUGUGGGAUCCACGCACAGUGAUCGAUACGAAUGGAGGUAUUGCACCACUGACUUAUCAAAUGUUCCUGCACACUGUGCAAAUUAUUGGUUUGCCGCCGCGGCCAGUGCAUGAUCCGCAUUUUGGAGGUGUGAGCUUUGUGCAGUUGUCGCCAGAGUUGCGCCGAGAUUUGGGUUGUUUUGAGCAGCUGCCUACGCCGGAGCAUUUCAACAUAUACAGCGACAAUAUGGGCUACUUAUCCAAGAUCAAUUGGAUCGGCGGAGAAAGCCAAGCAUUAGAACUGUUGGGCGAGCGUCUGAAGAUUGAACAACAUGCCUUCGAACGUGGCUUUUAUCUGCCCAAUCAGGCAAUGCCCAAUAUUCUGGAUACGCCCAGAUCGAUGAGCGCUCAUCUGCGUUUUGGCUGCCUCUCGGUACGCCGAUUCUAUUGGAGUGUGCACGAUCUCUUCAAGAAUGUGCAGCUUCGUGCCUGUGUGCGCGGCGUGCAAAUGACAGGCGGCGCUCACAUUACCGGACAGCUCAUCUGGCGUGAAUAUUUCUAUACGAUGUCGGUGAAUAAUCCGAAUUACGACCGCAUGGAAGGCAACGAGAUUUGCCUGAACAUUCCAUGGGCUAAGCCCAACGAUGAGCAGCUGCAGCGUUGGCGUCUGGGACAAACUGGAUUUCCUCUCAUCGAUGGCGCCAUGAGGCAACUACUUGCUGAGGGUUGGCUGCAUCACACACUGCGCAACACUGUUGCCACAUUCCUAACACGCGGCGGCCUUUGGCAAAACUGGGAGUACGGUGUGCAGCAUUUCCUCAAGUAUCUGCUGGAUGCCGAUUGGUCUGUUUGUGCUGGCAAUUGGAUGUGGGUAUCGAGUUCGGCGUUUGAACGCUUGCUUGAUUCCUCGCUGGUCACCUGUCCGGUUGCAUUGGCCAAGCGCCUGGAUCCCGAGGGCAUCUACAUCAAGCAGUAUGUUCCGGAGCUGCAGAAUGUGCCCAAGGAGUUCAUCCAUGAGCCCUGGCGCAUGUCUGCCGAGCAACAGGAGCGCUACGAGUGCCUCAUCGGCGUGCAUUAUCCGGAGCGUAUACUUGAUCUUGCAGUGGCUGGCAAACGGAAUACGCUUGCCAUGAAUUCGCUGCGCAAUUCACUGAUAACUCCACAGCCACAUUGUCGUCCUUCGAAUGAGGAGGAAGUGCGUCAGUUUUUUUGGUUGGUCGACUGAGCUGAGUGUUGUUGUUUUGUAAAAUGUUUCUCAUAUUAAUAUGUAUCUGUUUUAAUUUCCUCAGUAUCGAUAUAAUAAAAAGUAAUCACUAUUCAAGUAUCAUUAAUAA